AUGGCGCCCCGCAAGCAGCGAGCCGACUCCCCUGAGUUCCCCAUUCUCGACGCCAAUGGCUUGUAUGCGGGCGAGAUCAGAGGCGAUGGCAACUGCCUCUUCAACGCCUUGUCAGACCAGCUCUACGGCCACCAAGAGAUGCACGAGGUGCUCCGCACCGCGACUAUCGAGCACAUGCGCGAGAAUUCAGACUUCUACCGCCAGUACAUGGCCGUGAACAAUGUUCGCCGCAACCCAAAACGCAAGACGACGGCUGCGCUGCCAACACGCAUCGACACCACCUACCACACCGAGGAAGAGCUGCAGAAGCAGUUCGAAGAGCACGUCGAGAAGAUGGGCCAGCCGGGCGAGUGGGCCGACAACAUGGAGGUGUCGGCGUUCGCGUCGGCCCUCAACGUUCACGUCCGCCUCUGGCAGGCUGACUACACGUACCUCUUUUCACCACGCAUCUAUUACCUCCCGGACGGCCCAGAUGAUGUCGAUGACCGACAAGUCCUGCACAUUGCUUAUCAUAACUGGGAGCACUACUCAUCCGUCCGCAACAUCGCGGGACCACACACUGGCCUGCCCGAGGUCACCGUGAUCCCUCAGCGGACCUCACUAAAGAAACGGCCUAGCCCUAGCAUCGACGGAGAUAGCGAUGAUGCCAUCCCGCGAGCUAGUAAACGUCGCUCGCCCCUCCCGCUCUUCGACUCCGACUCCACACCCGAAGGCACGGAGAGCUCAUCGGACGAGUCCAACGACCCGAUCCCAUCCCAAUCACAUCUAGAUAUUCCGGACUCCGAGCAGCCACUGAAGCCACAAAAGCUCACCAUCAAGCUGCGAGGUCUGAGGACCACCGAUCCGACCGAGCCUCGCACUGCCAUUCCGCCAUCUACGGCCCCAACCUCCACCUCUGCCUCUUCACUACAACCUUCUUCCACCCCACCGUCACCUACACACGCAAGCACGGCCGCAAGUACGACCACGACAGCAACGACGCUUGAGACGAAGACUUGA